GCCACAAAUUAUAAACGUACAUACGUUUCUUUACCCCUCUCUCCUCUCUCUCUCUCUCUCUCUCUCUCUCUCUCUCAGUUGAUUGAAGCUGUAAAACAAUGGCUUCUAGCAUCACUCUUCCAAGCUUUCAAGGCCCUCUUCUCAAAUCCAAUUUUCUUGGAAGAAAUGAUCUCUCGAAUCGAGCUCAUAAAUCGUCUUUCGCAGUUCACAAGCAGCCAUCGACGCACUCCCUGAGACCCUUUGCCAAAUUUAACCUAUCCGAAAUCUUGGGAGGCAGGGGGCUCUGCAAUGGUGAAGCAGGUCUACUGCAAGAGCUUACGAGAAAUGUCGAAGAACAGAAAAAUGUCGAAGAAGAACAAGUAUCAGCAGCAGUUGCCGCCAAAACAGAGGAAGAAAAACCAGAUAGUUCUGCAACAGCUGCGAUCAAAAGUGUUGAAGAAGAUGGUUUUGAUAAGGAGCUGAUGGGACUUACCGGUGGAUUUCCUGGUGGUGAAAAGGGGUUGCGAAAGUUCAUUGAGAAAAACCCACCUCCCAAGAAGUCGUCGAUUGCACUUUCCGGAUCAACAGCUGCACUUGUGAGCACAAAGAAGCCGAAAGCACCUGAACUGCCAUUGUUACUACCUGGUAUGAUUGCCAUUGUCAACAACCCAAAUAGUCCUUACUACAUGUACUGUGGCAUUGUUCAGCGAAUCACCGAUGGGAAAGCUGGGGUUCUCUUUGAGGGCGGGAAUUGGGACAGGCUGAUUACUUUCCGACUGGGAGAGCUCAUGCGCAGAGACAAGGGCCCUCCAGGGAAAAAUCCCAAAUCCUGCGUCCUCGAACCUUUUCUCCAGACGGAUUCCUGAAUGGGGCCAUUCUCUUAGUUUCUCUAACGCAUGCAUAUGUAUUUAAAUUCGAAAUGUGCAGUACUGAAAUUCGUAGCUUAAAUGGCAAUUACUUUCAUUGACAA